GGUGUUAGGUGAAGUCUUCUUGAAGUUAACUGAAGUGGAAACAUUCUCUCUCUCAUUGUGUGUGUGUGUGAGUGUGUGUGUGUGUGGGGAGGGGGGGAGUCACACUGUGGUAGACACAAAGACAUAAUGUCCUGUUUCUUCAGUCCUUAGAUGAUGAGACGGAGAGUUAUAUGUGGCCCCAGGUAAAGUACAUUAUCUACCCUCCUAUUCUACCGAGUAUCGAGUAUCAGUCGUCAGACGUUGUUGUGUCGCACUAUAUAGGUAGUACCAUUAGUAGGCCUAUGUUGUAACUAAUGUAAGGUCAAAGAUCUUUAAAAAAAAUAAAAAAGCUCUCCACUCGAACAAAUACACGUUGACUAUGUUUGAUCUCUAUACUUCAAAUCUGAACAGUUUUGUGGGGGGAAAUGACCUAUCUAGCAACAAUAAACUGUACAAAAAAAGACAUCCUACGUGCACGCCAUUGCACAGCUCGCGCGCACGCUCUCUUCAAAAGUGGGGACUUUUCAAUAACGUUUGACGUCACACAUCAGCUGCACAGCGCUCGUGAGGAUGCAUCGGAGGGGAGGAGGGAAAGAGCACGGGGCGCUUAAACUACACAGUGAGGGAGUGUGUUGUUGUUCUUCACCGUCCGUUAUUUUUGUUGCUUUUAUGUCCCAGUUUAUGACACAGCGCGCCUUAGAUUCAAGCCAACGAUUCAGAUAACUGUAUUCCUCUCCACGGUGCCAAGAUGUUCAGUUUUGGUUGUUUAAUUUGAUACGGGCUCAGCCUCUGACACCCAGGUGAUUUUUGAACGCUCCUCCCUGGUGGUGAACUGAUAGCGAGAGGAUGUUGGAAUGGAUUUAGAUAUAACUCUGUCUGUAAUGUCGAGAAGCUUUGCUGAAUUUUCACCCGUAAAGCAUGGUUUCUUGCAAGCCUGAAUAUUCUGUCUGACCUUAGUGGACAUUGCUGCUCUUUUGACUCGAACAUUAACUGGUCCCGUUUUCGAACAUCAUACGGAGGACUUCAGAGAGGAUUAAUGCAUUUAUACUCGAUAAACUAUUCUGCAUUUCAUCAGAGGACAUCAGAACUUAACAAGGCACGAUCAAAGCUCAUUAGAUAACUCACACCUCCAUGACUCAGCUCAAAGCUGAUGGAAGAGAAGGCGUCUAGCAAGCCCUCCAUGGUGUCCAGACUGCCGAAAUUUGGUGCCCGCCCGUCGGGUGGCACCACUGCACCCGUGGCCAAUGGCUCUGCCCACGUAACACCCGGCUCUGAGGGCAAGAGCGAACCUCCUGGAAAGCCCAACGGGUUGGUCCGUGCCUCGUCCUUCUCGCUGAAGUGGAGGAAGGAGAAUGGGGGUCCCGUGUCGCCCCAGAGCCCAGAGCAGGGCUCCGCGGCCGGGGAGAAAGUCGAGGGCCGAGGGGCUCUUCAGGCCUCUCCGGGGCCAAGGGAGAUCAAGAAGCCUGCCACUCCCUGCACCAAGGCCCGCCGCUUCGGCACCCCAGUGACCAUCAGCAGCCCCAAAGCCAUCCCCAAGCAAGCUUCCAAGAGGAACCAGAGUCCAAAACCCACGCCACGGCAGUCCCCCACCAGCCACCCGCCCAGCCCUCAGAGCAACGGCCCCAAACCGACCCAGAACGGGGCGGGCGGUGUGGGCUCGUCCUCCGGGUCCAACAGGGUUCCGGGUCUGCUGCGUCCCCGCGCCAGCUCCAUGUCCCCCCGCAGCAGCUCCCGGGACAGCCUGUCCCAGUCCAGCGACAGCCUGAAGACGCUGGCGCUCUCGUCCUCGGACAGCAUGGUGCGUUCGCAGAGCUUCACCCACUUCAAGCAGCUGCCCUCGCCCACCAGCGAGCCCAUUACCCGCUCCUUCUCCUUCAACCGGGCGGUGGAGCUGGCCAAGCCGCUGGCCAACACCCAGCUUCGCACGCCCAUCCUCAGGCCCCCACUGGUCCUCACCAAUGGCCGGACGUCGGGGUUGCAGCAGUUCGGCAAGGGGGGCUUUCACGAGCGCACCUCUGCCGGGACGCCCGGGGGGUUGGGGGGGUGCUCCACGCCUCCCAGCGCCCUGAGGAAGCCCCUCCUGCCCAACUGCGUGUUGACAAAGCCCUCGGGCCUGGCCUACCGACUGACACGGCCAGCCGGGAACAAGCCACAGCGCCCUCUGCUGGCUGGGAGGACAGUGGGCGAGGGGAAGGCGGAGGAGGGCAAAGGAGACGAGACUGCGACCAACAGCGACGCGUCACCACUCACCUCCCCAGAGCUCUCUGUCGACAGCGAGAAGGUGCUAGGUCCAGAUGAUCCUUCAGAGGACCCCUCCUGUCGAAGGGAGAAGGACCUCAGGCUUCCAUGUCAUGGGGAGGUGUUAGAGGACAUGUCCCUCUCCUCAGCCUCGUCCCUGGAGAGAAACGAUACUAGUGAGGAGUUCCUCGAUGACUUUGACAACCAGGGAGACCAAUCACAUGACAGCAUGCCUGACAACAGACAGCGAUUGGCCGCAUCCAGCCAGGCCCGGCUCCGCAGUUUUCUGAGCGAAACCAUUGACUGGACAGCAGGGAAGGCUGAUUAUGGGGUGCAGAGUUCCUGCGCCCCUCUGGCGGGGUCUCCAGAGCCAGAGGUCCCUCCAGGCUCCUCUCUGGAGCUAUCCCCCUCCAACAGCUCUGGGGGAACCUAUAUGUGGGACGAGGAGGGGAUGGAACCGAUUGGACACAACUCACACUGUUGCAGCACCUAUGAUUCAGAAGGCAUCUGUGGGGACAUUCUUAGCAACUUGGACCCCCUGGAGUCUUGUGACCUGGAGGAUGAUGACCUCAUGCUGGAUGUGGACCUGUCAGAGGAUGCACCUUUGUGUAGUGAUGCAGACGGGAUGGCCCACUUUGAGCGCUCGGACAGGGGGGGCCGCCAGGGCCACUGGAGGCGGAGGCAGCACCGACUGACUGGACCGGACCAUUUCCACAAUGACAACAGGCCUGUGGCGUAUGACGGCGUGUGUCGAAUGGGCCCCAGAGCCUUGCAGCAGCCUGCAGUGAGGGGCGACAGCCACACGGUGGCGCUAGAUGAGAUCACAUUAAAACACAUGGCCCAGGACUGCACCUUUGUCAAGAACCAGCUGCUGAAGCUAAAGACCCUCCUGCAGUUGGAGGAUGGAGCUGCAAUUCCUGAGAGUCCCGAAUCCAGUGAAGAUAGCAGUGCUCUUCAGUUGCAGGAGCUGAUGAGGGAAGUGCAGGAGCUGAGGGAAGAGCUGCGCUGUAGAGAUCGCACCAUCGCCCAGCUCACCCAGCAACAGCAUCUCCACAAGCAGCAGCAGCAUCAGCAUCAGCAUCAGCAUCAGCACCAGACAGCUGCUGUGAGGUGCCACUGCCAGCAGAGGGCAGCGGUGUCCAGAGGGGAGAGACGUACACACUACGACAAAUCCACCCAGACCCCCUGGAGAGGCCCUGCGCCUCCAGUUCUACAACCUUCCAGCACCUUCCCCAGCAAGCCCCUCACCUCGGGAAGCCUAGCAAGAACAGCCCACACAGAGGACCGCAGUGAUCUCAGGCCAGCCGGGGUGUCCCGUGGCCCGACAGCCUCCACCCUGAACGGCGCUGUCACCGCUGCCCUACCACCCCUGCCUGACCCAGAGGAGCUCAGUCUGCUGCUCAGUACGCAUCUCAAGAUUUACGACAGCGAGGAUCCACAGACAUCCAAAUCCCUGACCUUGGGCCAUCCACCCGGCCUGGAGAGACAGCCAGGGGAAGGUGUUCUGCGGGUCUCCAAGUCCCUGUCCUUAGACCAUCCACCCAGCCUGGAGACACAGCCAGCGGACGGUGCUCUGCAGGGCUCCAGGUCCCUGUCCCAUCUCCCCCUGAGUCCCCGCGUCCUGCAGCCCCCCCGCAUUCACAAAAGGGUGUCCAUCCCGGUCCUGAUGCAAGGGGACGCCAGAGUGUCUUCUGAUAUGGCUAGGCCCAGCCUAAAGCCUGGGUCCACAGUGAACCCCAGGCAGCUCAAGCAGCUCCCACCUCCAUCCAGGGGCCUCCCCUGCUUCAACACAGGGCCCCAGGCCAUGGGUCCAAGCCUGGCAGCCAUGCUGCUGGGACAGCCCAAACCCCUGGGGCUGAGGAGAGACCCUACUCCCAUCCAGGGAGAGAAGGACACCGGGCUGAUUCCCAGGACCCGGACCCUGGUCCCCAUCAACCUGUCGACAAGAUUCCCCAAGCAGCCAAACAAGACUGCUUCUCAGGACCCGGAGUUUGGUCCCCGUAAAUCUCUGGAGGAGAUGCUGUUGCCCAAGCCAAAGAUCCACUACCGACUCAGCCCACCUGAGCAGUCACACUGCAGCUAACUCCGACUCACACACACACACACACACACACACACCUGAGCAGUCACACUGCAGCUAACUCCCAAUGACCCGUCCAUUUUCAACUCUGACUCUUGACUCAACAGUACACAAACAAUAUGUAGCAUGUCCGGCUUCUUGACACACAUACACAAAGUAAACACACACACACACACACACACAAACAACAGUGCUGCCACGUGCAUGUGUCAGGGUGGAGACACUUCAAGCUUUCCCCUCUGCCCUCCAGUAGCUGCACCCUUUUUUCUAUGCACAGAUUCACAAUCGUUUUUACUCAGUUGGAAAAGCUGUGGUAUUUUGAAGUAAGUAAUCUUUCUCAGGAAAUGCCAUACAUAAAAUCAGCUCACACCGCAGGACCUUUUGUAAACAUAGCAAAUCUUUUGGUUGGGUUGAUCCUUUGGCAAUGGCCUUUUCCACUUCAGAAGGGAAGAACGUCUGCCAGAACCUUUGAUACCAGUCCAUUUGUUCUCUUGGCAUGCAGCAAAGUGUUGCAUUUUUUUCAAGGCUAUUUUGCCGGCGUUGAUAAAAAGUUUGCUUAGCUGAUAAGAGUGUGUGUGUGUGUGGGAGGAUGAAGGUCGAGAGCAGUGGUUCCCAAACCUUUCAUGGCAGCCCCCCUCUUUGACAAUUAAAAAGCCUGAAUUUGUAGUCUUUGGUGUUAUACUAGCAUUGCUACCCUCCACCCCCUACCCGUUUACAACUCAGGUCUUUUAGAUUAAAAAAGGUCUUAAAUAGAUUAAAACAACGUGUGUGAAAGCACAGUGCCCUAUUCCCUGAGUUGUUUAACAUAUGAUUUGCUGAUAAUCAAAUUGAUAAAAACCAAAUCUAGAAAAAGAUAAAACUGAAAACACGGAAUAGGGGGGAAAAAAUUAAACAUAUUUCAUGGGGCCUUACGUAUAGGCUAAACACUAAGCCCUGACCAUAUAAUAGUACAGUAAAAAAGAAGGCUAUCAUUUCAUCACCAAAGAGGUAAUAGGCUAAUAUACUGUAAGAGCAUUUGACCUGUAGUUGAUUAUUUAGGUUUCUCAUUACGUUUCUUCUCGUUUUUACAGGGGGGCCUGCCCCAUACUUUGGGAACCGCUGGUGUAGACUUCGACAUAUAACACAUUUACUCAGAAUAGGUUUGAUCUUUUCUUAUUACACACACAAGAACCCUGCAGCUGUCAGCAUCUGUGCUCGUGUCCGUCGAGAGGCGGUGUCAUUCAGUGGGAAGGUUUCUCUAGUCUCCCCAUGUGAACAUGGAAUGAGUCAGGCCCACUACAUGAACAGAACUGACGAAAGUUUAUCAGGUCCAUCUCUGAGUGUCAUAUUGAAAGGAAGUGAUACAUGGGGAUGGGCUGACACACACCUCCUCAGACACUUUUUUCAGUAUUCCUCUCACCUCGUUCUCCUGCCUUUUUCUCAUGAGAGAUCCCCCAGAGAUCAAUCUCUUCCACUUCGCCAUUCACAGGGCAGUAUUGAUAUAAGCAGGCGUAACACGCUGACACAUUUGAAGAGAAGGGCACCCUCUUUCCUUUAUGCAUCUAUUUGUCUCGACCCGCAGUCAACGGUCGACAUCGCCCCCCAGGGGAGAGAGACUUCACGUCACACGUGUGUGUUGUCAUGAUGUAGAGCGUCGCCUCCGCGCCUCUGAAAGCUGCUUUACAUUCCGAAGCACGAUCAGUGUCCCUCAUUUCUUUGUCUGUCUCCGUGGUGAUUUAGAUGAUGGAUGGCCGUGCUGUGGGUCGGAGACAGAGGAAGUAUCUCCCACUCAGCCUCUGACGCCCCCCCAACCCCCCCAAACCCCCCUUCACUUGAGGAAGCAUGAUUAGAAAUGAGCGUCAAUGAGAGGGCCCCUUGUUUCGUAAUGAUGAGGUCAUUGUUCCCGGAAUGAUUGCUUAUCUAGGCUAUGUUGAAUUGAUACAAGGGUUCACGUGACCCUGGCAAGCUAGCCACAGAGAUGGUGUGUUGGUGUGUUUGUGUGGAGUUUUGUUGGGUAAAAACGAGCGACGGUUUGGUGCUGUUUGAAGGGCUUUCACGAUGUAUGCCGAAAGAGAAAAGACAGUUUGCAGGAAGGUAAAUACUGCACCAUCAAGAGAGAAAAAAAAAACAAGACGACAAGAUGUUUUAUCGAGGUCCUUAUUUAAAAGACUAAGAAAAACAAUGAACUGACCAGAUGCAGAGGUGCAAAAGAGCUAACCAAAGAAUUUUUCAUUGUAAGGCUGGUGGCUGUCAGGGGAAAAUGGUCAUUAGUGCACUCUCAAGAACAGUUUUUAUAAAGGACGGAAUGAAAGACAGAAUCUCAAGAACAGCUUUUAUAAAGGACGGAAUGAAAGACAGACUCUCAAGAACAGCUUUUAUAAAGGACGGAAUGAAAGACAGACUCUCUGCGUUUAUUGUCAGCUUCAUCCCUCCCUUAGCCAUUCUUCUCCAUCACAAUUCAGAUGAAUUUGUGAAAUGGUCGAGGAACAGUGGGAGCGAUGGGCUCUUUGUAACGCUGACUGGCACCUUUGAAAAGACUUUUCUACAGUUUCAUGGUUGAGGCAUGACAGAGCAGGGAAGUGAAGUGAUAGAGGAACAAAGAGAACUAACGUGUUCCUGUUAAGUUGCUCAAGAGUUUGGAAGAUGAUUAUGGUUCUUCUGUAGCUCGUAGAUCAGUACAUUAGCACUCAAAUGCCAUGGAAAAGUUUUCUCUCUCACCUCGGAGCAGCCGUGACCACUUUAGCCUGGCAUCGUUUGUGAUGCUAACUACAACAGCACCAUUUCCUGUUUUCAAUGUGCAGUGCCAUUCAGAGUUAAGGUUUCCCUUUGUUUGUAUUUUCUGAUGCACACACAGAGAGAGAGAGAGAGAGAGAGAAUGUGCAUGUUAGUCCGUGCGGGAUGGUCAGGUGUUCCUGGGCUGACAGCCUGAGGGCUUACACAGCCAGAGCCUCUCUUAAGAGAGCAUCCUCCCACUAAACACACACACACACACACACACACACACACACACACACACACACACACACACACACACACACACACGCAACCUUUCAGACUGCUGUGUUUCAUGCAUGAAUCAACACAAAAAAAGGCUUCCGAGAGAUUAUUAACCCAUCCGAAAGAGCAUAGGGCGGCGAGGUUGAGUUCUAACUCGUAAGCUGUCAUUAUUUUAACCUACAGCUUCACCAUACCUAUUAGUAUGCAAGUUUAUCACAAACAUUUGAAAUGGAAUUGAUUCACUGCCAUUGACUGCAUCCGACCUGCAUGCAUAAAAUCCCAUACAGGCUUGUUACUAGUGCUCUCAGGAUGCCAGCCAUAACCAACAGGGAAUCAAUCUGGCUGAGUAUCUUUCCUCUCUCCCCCUCCCUCCCUCCCUCGCUCGCUCGCUACGUGCCCCCCUCUUCCCUAUCGUUCUGUGACAGACCUAGCUCUCUCUUCCUUUCUCUCCCUUGUGUGUGUGUGUGUGUGUGUGUGUGUGUGUGUGUGCGUGUGUGUGUGUUGUUCGGUGUGUGUGUGUGUGUGCAGGCCCCGUGCACAUGGGUGUGCAUUAAUUUGCCAGGUCCCUCCAUGUGGCCGUGCCGUCUCUUUUAUGUUGUGUGUGGGCACCUAACAGAAAAUCAAUAGCAGCCAAUGCGGAGACCCCGCCACCAUCUGUGUGGCCAGUGGAUGCCACUGAUUGUGAGUGAGAUUGUGUGAGUCUGUGUGUAGGUGUGUAAGAGGAAGUGUCCACACAGGAGAGAAAGAAAGAGAGAGAGAGAUCUUAAUCUUUUUAUUCCUUUUUUGUGUCUUGAAAUGAGACACAGCUACACGUACGUGGGUUAACAGCGUGGACACACGGGGCUCCACUUAGCACCGCUAGUUCCUGCGUGUGGUUGGAACCUCUGGCUGAAGGGGUUAUAACACAGCACUCGGACGAGCGUCUGUCUGCGGUCUGUCUGGAUGAUAUCGACAGCAGAGCAUCCAGACGGGCGUCAUCUCUUCUCCGCAGUCGUUCUGAAAAUAAGCUGUGUGAGUGGCAGUGCCUCAGACCCUUCGUGUGUGACCACACUGCGUGGUUAUGCAGCCGUGGCGUGAUUGGGAACUGAGACCAAAUCACACAAGUGUCGGUCGGCUCAUGCCUCUAAGAGCAUGACCAUUCGUGUCUCAUCCGAAUGCGUUUACACAAUGGACCUCUUCCAACACCAUGCCACUAGUACGGUCUACUAACACUCAACACCUCACCUCAAGAGAAUGUGUCGGAAAAGAGAUAGCAAAAAAAGAGAUGGUAUCCUUGAGAUGCAUUGGCUGGUAGCUGGUGUAAGGAUCGUUGCUCAGUGUAUGUCUGCUAGCGUGCAUUGACUGCAUAACCCACCCUGGGUUUCUGUUGUUUUGCUUUUGUCUAAUCAAGCAUCAGUUCUGCCUGGUCAGCUCCGCUCAUUUGCCCAUUGUAUAUAUGUGCAAUAUUAGAAGAAGAAAUGAAAAUCGCACCAUGGUGUAAGUUAGAUCAGGCAGAAACCUGUUCACAACACUGUACAUCUAACAAUUGUUGCUAACCUGUGCAUUUGUACAUGUGAUUCUAUAUUCAGUAGAUGCUAAUCAUUUAGCGAUCACAAGCACUUUAAAUGACCUGCUACGACAUUGAAAACUGGAGGGACUGCAGUCCGCUCAGCCUUUCAUGGUGUUCUUUUGUUUGUAUUAUUGGCUGAUUCCAUUUUUCAUUUUAUUAUCUGACAAUUAAUUUAUUGUUGCAUUUUUAUGUAGGAUUUUUUUUUUGGUCGGUUUGUUUCUUUUUUUGGCUGAUGUUUUCUUUAGAGGUUUUGUAAGGCUGCAAUAAACGCUAUAACAGACUCGCGA